AUGGACAAACGAGUGAAAGAAAUGGUAGACAAAUGCAUUCCAGUGGCGAAGGUGGAAUAUACGAGAAGUGUACGAAAUAAGAAACAUGCCAUAUUGUUUCAUAUUUCAGUGACUCACUGCCGUCAUGUGGAUCAAAUGUUCAGGUGUCACGACAGAAGUGCAUGUAUAAACAUAACGUUGAAGUGUGACGGAAUUGAAGACUGUGGUGAUGGUUCAGAUGAAGAUUGUGCAAAUAGUAAGUGUACGCUUUCCUAUACGCUUUCCAUCAGCAGGUAUACUGUUGAAGAACACGCGGCUGGUCAUUCCAACAACAUUACAAGUAGUCCGUGUGUUGUGACCCGAUAUCGUUCACUUUCAUUAAGCAUGUCUUAGAUCUGAAAUAUUUUUGCGGGAACUAACACUUUCGAACACGCUGAGUUCAAAUCCGAAAAGUUCCCACUCCGUAGACCCGCAGUUUUUUCACAAAAGGCUAUUUCAUCUUCACUAACUUCACAACAAUUUUUGUCAUUGUUCAACGAUACGGAUCGAUGACGAUACACGAUUAUGUCACUCAAAAGGACCAAUUUCUAUUAAACAUUCUUCCUUCUAACAAAAGAUCGGUUUUGCUCGAAUCAUUUUGAGUUAUGCAAUCUUAUGCGUGUUGGACGUAAACAACAUAUAUUGUCUAUACAACUUUGAGAAGGUACAGAUAACGCUUUCUAAAAUCCUCAGUUCUAGAGAUAUCUCUAUAAAAUCACAAGGACAUUAAUAUCAAGUCUUUUAGCUAUGUCACUGGCCUGAAAAAUAACUCUUUUAACGCGAUCAAGAUAUUUAAAACAAAAGUAACGCAAAGCCAACGUAACGGCAAAGACAACGCUAAAACGAAAUAUUGUCGAAUGGUUGCAGGUAGAAGACUUACGACAGGAUCAAUCUUAAAUAACCUUAAACUAUAAGAAUAAAUGUUCACAUCAAAGACAAAGAUCAGUCACAAAGUAUAAAAUAUGCUCUGUAAACUUGCCGCGAAGUGGAGAAAUGUGUGCAUGAGCUGUUUAUUUGAUGAUUUCGACGUAUAUAGAAGCACUCUUUCCAAUAAUACUCGCUUAUCGCACAGUAUAACACCAACUGAUGUAAUAGUUCAAAUGCAAUGAUAACUUAUCUCUUGAAUUACGUCUUGGAAACCGUGUUGGAAAUUUCAAUGCUGAUCCAUUACAUAUAGAUUACCGUUUUAUAUCUUUGUAUAAAACAUUUUGAUCGCUUGUAAGGAAUUAUUUCUCAUCCCAGAGACAUAGCACCAAGACUUGACAUUAACGUCCUUGUGAUUUUAUAGAGAUAGAUCCAGAACUAAGGAUUUUAGAAGGAAUUAUCUGUACCUUCCCAAAGUUGUAGACAAGAUAUGUUGUUUACGUCCAACACGCAUAAGAUUGCAUAACUCAGAAUGAUUCGAGCAAAAGCGGUCUUUUGUUUAAAGGAAGAAUGGUUAAUAGAAAUUGGUCCUUUUGAGUGACAUAAUCGUGUAUCGUCAUCGAUCCGUGUCGUUGAACAAUGAAAAAAUUUGUUGUGAAAUUAGUGAAGAUAAAAUAGCAUUUUGUGAAAAAACUGCGGGACUACGGAGUGGGAACUUUUCGGAUUUGAAAUCAGCGUGUUCGAAAGUGUUAGUUCCCGUAAAAGUAUUUCAGAUCUAAGACAUGCUUAAUGAAAAUCUUUUUCUAGGCACUUUUCGAGGUCACAACAUACGGACUAAAGAAAGAGCAACACAAUUAGGUCAUAUCAGGCAUCAGGGAAUUGAUAAAACGAAAAGCCUGCUACGCGAAAAGAUCUGGUACCCAAAUAUGGACAAACGAGUGAAAGAAAUGGUAGACAAACCAGACACAGUACUAAAAUGCGGUGCCCGCCUACAAAUAAAACUUUCGGCGUUUCCGCCUGCAUGUACAAGUAAAGUUAUAUUUAGCACGCUACACAGUACACAUUCUCCUGUCGGCCGCCAGCUGGUCCGUACGUUAGGAUCAAAACUGCGUUUUAAAGCCUUCAAGAUAAAAUAUUUUGGGCUCAAAAUACUAUCAAAAUGAGGAGAAAAGUGAGACUGGCAUACGGCCGAAAACGAGAAAACCAACAAUUCCAAAGUUAUCAAGGAUCAAACGGACUGCAUUUUUAAUUAGUUUAAUUAAUAAUUUUGAGCGAUUUGUAAACAAUACAAUUUCGCUUAUUAAAACUGCACAUUAAAACCUUUAAAAUAUAAUAUUUUGGGCUCAUAAUACAAACAAAAUAAAGAGAAAAGUGAGACAAAUCGACUGGUAUACGGACGAAAAAGAGAAAAGCAACAAUACGAAAGUUAUCAAGGUCAAAUGUAUUGCAUUUAUAAUUAGUUUAAUAAUUUUGAGCGAUUUGUGAACAAUUCAAUUUCGCUUGUCUUUCAAAGGCCAUAAAUCGCUAGAAUACUGUAGUUUAGUAAUACAUUUGACAUCUGUGAGUAUAAUUUCUUACACUGAAUCGAACGGUUGGUAUUUUUGUCCUUAUUGGGCGCAUAAAACCAGAGAUAAGAGUCAUAAGACGCAGCAAAAAGUCAAUCGUGAGAGUUCGAAAUUAAUUCGAAAGAAAACUUUCCUCGAAAAAAGGAAUUCGAAAAACGUGAAGGAUUAUUUUGAGCGGCUUUUGUCUUUCAAAGGCGACAAAUCGCUAGAAUAGAAGUCAAUUUUGAAAUCAAUUUUCCAUCCGUAAAUACAACUUUUCACGCUGAUUCGAACAGUGGUAUUUUUGUCCUUGUUUGACGCAUGAAACCAGAGAUAAAGCUAAGCAAACAGUCGAUCAUCAUGAGAGUACACGAUUCAUAAUAAUUAUUAAAUUCCGAGCACGUGCAAGGAAUUUUUGGUAGGCGAUUAAGGAAACGUAUUGAUGCGAACAAACUAACAAACUAACAAACAAACGGACAAACUCACAGGCAGAAUAUAAUGCGGUGCCAAAAAUGGCACGGGCACCGCAAUGCAUUCCAGUGGCGAAGCUGGAGUUCGUGCUGAGCACGAGUAAACAUUUUCAAAGAAAAUAAUUUUUCAGUCUUAAAAAAAUUCCCCCCAAAAUCUGAAAUGAUUCAUGGUACACUUGCGUCAUCUAUUAAGUGCGAAAACCUUUCAAAUCCUGUGAUUCUGCUCUGAUGUUAAACUAAUUCGAGGUAUGAUUGCAUAGUUUCACCCGACCGCGGGUUAAUAGCACGACUAUUAAUCGGGUAAUCCGCCUGUUAGUCGUGCUCUCGUCAUGCGAGCACGACUAAAUUAUAAAUUCCAACGCAUUCUAUUGGCUAAAUUGCUCCUCGCGCAUGCGUAUCUCGCCCAAUUUUGUCUUCUUUUCGUGUUCGUCUUCGAAAGCACGACCAAGUUACAUACCGUAAAUUAUGCAGCAAUUCUGUCGAGAUUUAUUCAAGUUAUCUUAGUUAUUUAUAUAUGGAAAUUGACCAACGUCAAUCGAGUGAAUCGUAGGAAGGCCAUUUUGAUUUGGAUAGAAUAUUCCUGGCUUCUAACAAGAUAUUUAGCUCACGAAAUGCAUGUGAACACACUCGAUUGUGCAUUCCACUGUAUAUAAUGUCGAAUAUGAACAAGAUUUGUGAAGACCUUUCCUAUUGAUAUAAAUAUAUUUACCACCAGUUCAUUUGCUUUAUUGCAUGAGUACAAUAGACUUCUAUGGUCCAGUACACCGAACUGGUCAAUACCUGCUAGUGGUUAUCGAUACCUACUCAAAAUUCCCAGAGGUAGAAAUAGUCGACUUAACCGAAGCAAAAACUUGCAUACCAAAAUUAGAUACGAUUUUUGCCAGAUGUGGAAUACCAUCAAAAAUAAAAACUGACAAUGGACCCCCAUUUAAUGGGAAAUAAUUUGAAACAUAUGCUAAACCUUUGGGAAUGGACUUGUAAAACAUGGACUUGUAAAACAUGGACUUGUAAAACAUGGACUUGUAAAACAUGGACUUGUAAAACAUGGACUUGUAAAACAUGGACUGUAAAACAUGGACUUGUAAAACAUGACUUGUAAAACAUGACUUGUAAAACAUGGACUUGUAAAACAUGGACUUGUAAAACAUGGACUUGUAAAACAUGGACUUGUAAAACAUGGACUUGUAAAACAUGGACUUGUAAAACAUGGACUUGUAAAACAUGGACUUGAUCUUCGAAGUUCAAAAACGUAACUUCUACUCAAUGACAGAUGGCCAGAAGACUUCCCUGCGGAAGAAGUUCUUUUCCAUCAAAGUAAUGGAAACACCAAGUGCCCAUACCAAGCGACCAAACGAUACGAAAGCCUUAUCAACAAGUCCAGAAGAAUCGGGGAUUAUCGGCGUCCCAUUUCCUAUUUUCACAGGAAUGUUUGGCAAAGCUGCCACUUUGGUAAACAGCCCUUCUUAUAUCUGGAAGAUGCCUACGACAGACACCGAAGAUAAACCGGCCUUCGUGGUUCACAGCACCUCAUCCGAGAACCCGCACAGAGUGAUCGUAUAUCCAAAAAGCGGCAAGGUGACGUGUGACAAAGCGUGUGUGAAUUGGUCAACAUAUAGUUUGUGCUCGCAUACCUUGGCCGUAUCUGAAAAUAUAGAGCGCCUGAAAGAAUUUCUGGCGUGGUUCAAGAAGCAGAAACGCGUUCCUGAAUAA